GUCUUUUUUGAGAGCGACUGAAACCGUCACGUCAUAAGCUCGCGGCAGACCGCGCGCUGGCACGCCCCAAUCUUCAUAGUGCAACAACUGUCCCGCACCCGCACUGAUAAUUGGGUUUUCGGCUCCCGGGACGGCCCAUAGAACAGCUCCACGGUGGCUGCCUCGAACCGGAUAAACAUGGGCCCGCUGGUUGGUGCCAUCGACCAGGGAACGAGCUCCACUCGCUUUCUGGUGUUCAACUCAAAAACAGCAGAGCUGCUCAGCCAUCAUCAAGUGGAAAUCAAGCAGCUCUUUCCGAAGGAAGGAUGGGUGGAGGAGGAUCCCAAAGAAAUCCUGCAGUCGGUGUACGAGUGCAUUGAGCGCACGUGUGAAAAACUCACACAGCUCAACAUCGAUGUGUCGAAAAUAAAAGCUAUUGGAGUGACCAACCAGAGAGAGACCACGGUAGUAUGGGACAAGAUGACCGGGGAGCCUCUCUACAACGCCAUUGUAUGGCUGGACCUGCGAACUCAGUCAACGGUUGAGCAUCUUAUAGACAAAACUCCAGGAAGGGACAAAAACCAUUUACGACAUAAAACGGGUCUCCCGCUCAGCACCUACUUCAGCGCAGUGAAGCUUCGCUGGCUGUUGGACAAUGUGGAGGACGUCCAAAAGGCCGUGGCUUCUCGCCGCGCCAUGUUCGGCACCAUAGACUCCUGGCUUAUUUGGUGUUUGACAGGGGGGAAAACAGACGGGAUCCAUUGCACGGAUGUGACAAACGCCAGCAGAACCAUGCUGUUUAAUAUUCACACAAUGGCCUGGGACACUGAACUUUGCAAAUAUUUUGGUGUUCCUAUGCACAUCUUGCCAAAAGUGAGGAGCUCAUCGGAAAUAUACGGCCUGAUGAAAGCCGGGGCCCUGACAGGCGUUCCCAUCUCCGGGUGUCUUGGUGACCAGUCAGCUGCUCUCGUUGGUCAGAUGUGUUUUCAAGAUGGAAGUGUCAAAAACACGUAUGGAACUGGAUGUUUUCUCCUGCGAAACACUGGAACAAAGCCUGUCAUGUCCAACAACGGUCUGCUGACGACGAUCGCUUACAAAAUGGGCCGGGACAAACCCACCUAUUACGCCCUGGAGGGAUCUGUGGCCAUUGCUGGAGCCAUGGUUCGCUGGCUGCGGGACAACCUUGGAAUCAUCAAGUCAUCCGAUGAGCUCGAGAAGUUGGCCGGAUCGGUCGGCACCUCCUACGGUUGUUAUUUUGUUCCUGCGUUUUCCGGGCUCUACGCUCCGUACUGGGAGCCCAGCGCCAGAGGGAUCAUUUGUGGGUUGACUCAGUUCACCAACAAGAACCACUUGGCCUUUGCCGCACUGGAAGCCGUCUGCUUCCAAACACGGGAGAUCCUGGACGCCAUGAAUCAGGACAGUGGCAUCCCUCUCACUCAGCUGCAGGUCGACGGAGGAAUGACAACCAACAAGCUGCUGAUGCAACUGCAGGCCGACAUUCUCUGCAUUUCUGUUGUGAAGCCGACCAUGCCGGAGACCACGGCUCUGGGGGCGGCCAUGGCGGCGGGCGCGGCCGAGGGCGUGAGGGUGUGGAGCCUGGAGCCAGAGGACCUGAGUGCCGUCACGUCAGAACGGUUCGAGCCCCAGAUCAAACUGGAAGAGAGCGAGUUUCGCUACGCGAGGUGGAAACAAGCCGUGAGGAGAUCCAUGAACUGGGAGACCACGCACAAUAUGGACUCUGAGAGCAAGGGAGCGAGUAUCUUCAGCAGUAUCCCGCUGGGAUUCUACAUCAUUGGCAGCAUGCUGAUGUUGGUUGGGGCCAAAUAUCUCGCAGGUCGCCUGUAGACCCAGGGGAGGCGCGCCACAGAAACCAACACCCAGCUCCUCCUUUUUGCACUCUUUGCUCCCAAACCAUUCCAGGAGAAUAAAGAAUCCAGACCGCUCUGAACAGAAAACAAUUUUUUUAUUCUACUUUCUAUAUCUCUAGCAGAUUAGACCACAUCGGCAUGAAGAAGACUAAUUUAGCCAGGGUUUUUUUUACAAUGUAGAUAGGAAUUUUAGACUUAUUUAUUGUGGAAACUAACUAAAACUAAAACUAAUGUUCUUGAAGUAUGGAUUGUCAUGUCACUGUUCUCCUGGACGUUUUGUGCUCUGGGGGCUCACUAGUGAUUUUUAUUUUUAUUUUUUUAGAGCACUUUAAUUAAUUCUUCAGUCUGGUACGAGCAGCGUGUCAACACGUUCAAAUGUGUGCAGCAAAAGGGAAGGAAGCGUUUGGAUAAACUUGAGGCUUUUUGUAGAGGUGAAGCUCCGUGGGGGAAAAAAAAAAAUGUAGCGAAACUCGUACAGAAACUGUCACAUAAAUCCCACAGCUGAAACGUUUCGCAAGCCUGAAACCUUGAAGUGAAAACAUGCAGGUCGGACGCUGUGAGAACAUGCAAACUCUGCCCACACAUCGGAACUGUAGGGCCGCAGGAUGGUGGGAGAAGAUGUUGAUGUAUUCAGUCAUUUGAAUAAAAGCCUACGCUUGAGGAAAUAUUUUACUGUAAAACUGGGACUUCCUUUCCCUUCGGUUCAGGUUGAGGAGUUGAAUUUGUCAGUAUUCACGUCGCCCAUCCUGCUCCUCAUCUGUGCGGACUUUAUGACGGGCCGGUGCUUCUUCUGCUCGGUGCCAGAACAAAGAGGUGUAUGUUUUUGUUUGUGUGUGUAUGUGUGCGUUUACGUCAUGUAAAUUCACGCUGUAAUUUAUUAAAACUGUGAAGUCUUUUUAAA